AAUAAAAUAUGGAUUCGCACAUGAGGAGAAUGUUUGUCAUGAACAGAAUACGAGUGCCUGAUUUCCAUUUGGACGAUCGGCACAAUUCGGACGAUUCGACCAAUACUGGAACAAAAACUGUGAAGUUUACGCAUACUUGGAGUAUAGAGGACUUUAGCGUGGUAUUUGAACGCGAUAAUAAAUGGAAAUCGUGCGUUUUUCCCGUUGACCAAAGUAAUAAACUAAAAUGGUAUCUCGAGCUUACGGUCAACGAUAAGGAAUUCAGGGGCAGAGAAUAUUUGACGUUGACCCUAAACUUAGUUGAAUGGGAUGACUCGACAGAAAAAACUAUAGUCAGAUGUUCCAUAAUGAGUCACGUGGAAACGGAACAAAGAAGAACGUUCACGAUGAGUGAACAGCCCAUUGUAAAUUUCAAUGCAUUCAUCUAUUGCUGUGAACUCUUCGAUAAGACCAACAAUUACCUGCCGAACGAUAAGCUGAGCAUAUUCUGUGAGAUUUUACUGCUGACAGAUACGGUCUGCACCUGUAGCCGAACGCAGACCAUUAAUGUGCCCGAUUUCAAAAUAUCGGAAAGUUUCGGUAAGCUCUUUAACAAUCCGAAAUUCAGUGAUGUUAAGAUCGUAACCAAAGGAAUGGAAAUAUAUGCACACAAGAAUAUACUUGCUGCUCGCAGCCCGGUUUUCGAGGCCAUGUUCAGCAGUGCAACGGAAGAAAAUCAAAGGGGUGUUGUGACCAUAGACGACAUGGAUCCGGAGGUCCAAAUCGAAAUGCUACGUUUCAUUUACACUGACCACGCGCCCAAUUUGGAAAUGAUGGCCAGUGAUCUACUGGCGGCAAGUGAGAAAUAUUUUUUCGAGAAACUCAAGGCCAUGUGUGAGAAGUCUCUGGUUGCCACUCUGAGCAUUGAAAAUGCCGCCGAAACAUUGGUGUUAGCUGAUUUAUACAAUGCCAACCAGUUGAAAGCACGCACAAUUGAUUUUAUAAAGGUUAAUAUGGAUAAUGUGAGGCGGACGGAGGGCUGGCGUUACAUGUCGCAGAAUCAUCUUGCUGUAAUACAGGCAAAUUUUUAGAAUGCGAACUUUCCGCAACAACGAACGAAAGAUCAAAUUAUCGUAAAUGUUCAUACUAAAACUGUGGGUGAGAAAUCA